AUGGAUCAAUGUGUUUUCUUUUUAGCACCAGCUUAUUCAAGACGUCAUUGGGAACAACUGGCGGAUCUAUUACUUGAGGUUCAAAACAGAACACAAAUUAAAUUUCGGUCUUUUAUCAAAGAACGAGAUACUGAUUAUGUAUCUGUGAAGAUAACUACUUACGGUUGUUACGGACUUCUCGGAUAUGGAAAAGGUGGAGAAAGAUGGAUCAAUCUCUACGAUGAAUGUAUCGAGUACAGCCACAUUGUUCUGCGAUCGAUAUAUCAAAUUCUUGGAUUUCAAAUGAUUGCAAUGAAAAAACCGGAAAGAAAUAUAUUGUAUUCUGGCUCUGACAGCAAAAUUGAUUACCUUAAAUUUGUGAUAUGGAACAAACUUAUUGUGGAUUCAAAAAAGAUAAAAAAACAGACCGACGAGGAUGAAUGCAUUGGAGCGGAAACUGCAACAAGUAUGAUGUCUCACCAACCGAAUAUGGAAUUUAUUGUGGCACGGGUAACAAAGGUAGGACAUCAAUCUCCACUUAUGCCCGCCAAAUCCAACCCUGCCUCGAACUUACAAGUUGCCCAUCUCCAUCUCUCAUCAAUUCCAGGGAAUGAGCGAGUUCUGUCAUGA